AUGGAUGAGGAAGGAUCAAGGGGAAAAGCCAAGGACGAUGGUGGAGAUGUCCGGUACCGUGGGGUUCGGCGGCGGCCGUGGGGGAAGUUCGCGGCGGAGAUUCGAGACUCGACGAGGCAGGGCCAAAGGGUCUGGCUAGGAACCUUCAACACGGCGGAGGAAGCAGCCAGAGCCUAUGAUAGAGCUGCUUAUGCCAUGAGAGGUCCAUUUGCAAUCCUGAACUUCCCUGAAGAGUACCCUAUGACUGCUGGUGGUGCCACUAAUGCUGCUACUCAUUCCUCUGUUGCUUCAUCUUCUUCAACCUCCUCUUCUAGGCAUGCGAAUGUGGAAGGCAGAGGAAGAAGUGAUCAAGGAAGGCAAGUGUUUGAGUUUGAGUACUUGGAUGACAAGUUGUUGGAGGAGCUUCUCGACUUUGAGGACAAAAAGAAAAAGGGACCAUAA